AUGGCCAGGACCAAGCAGACGGCUCGCAAAUCCACCGGUGGCAAAGCCCCCAGGAAGCAGCUCGCCACUAAGGCUGCUCGCAAAAGCGCCCCGGCUACCGGCGGCGUGAAGAAGCCUCACCGUUACAGGCCCGGCACCGUGGCUCUCCGAGAGAUCCGUCGUUAUCAGAAGUCCACCGAGCUGCUCAUUCGCAAGUUGCCUUUCCAACGCCUGGUCAGAGAAAUCGCCCAAGACUUCAAGACCGACCUGCGUUUCCAGAGCUCGGCCGUCAUGGCUUUGCAGGAGGCCAGCGAGGCGUACCUGGUUGGUCUCUUCGAGGAUACCAACUUGUGCGCUAUCCACGCCAAGAGAGUCACCAUCAUGCCCAAGGACAUCCAGCUGGCCCGUCGUAUUCGCGGCGAGCGUGCCUAA